AUGGAGGACAUCGGUGCCGAUCGUUUUCUAGUGCUCUCCGGCGAGUUUCCGGGCGAGGGCGUGUGGUGCUGGGCCAGAACGUACACGGAGCUUGUCAAGUGCGUGCGGACUGCCUGGGGCUCCGAUUUCAGGCCUGUCUUCAAGUACAAGUUACCGUGCAUCCUAACAGACGCGAACGCUCACACUCGCUGCGAGGUAGCUGAAGAGAAGCCACCGCCGCAAGAGGAGAUACUCAUCGAGGAGGCAGUGGGCGCCGGUCUUUCGGCGUCCACCCCACACAAGACUCGCCCUUCUACGUGCCUCGUCGUGCUCAACGAUGCGGACGACUUCCACUUGUGGAGACGCGGCGGGGCGUAUGUAUCGGCGGCAGACGCGGCAGCUUCUCCCGCUGCAACGACCAGGGAUGUGCGAGGCGACUUCGUCCACCAUCAUGGGCCACCCGCGGGCUCGGCUGAGGAGAUAAUGCACACGGUAGCGCACCAUAUGGACUACCAUCGGCUCGCCUCGGAGGCAUGCACCGCAGAUGCGAGUGCCACCGCCACCGCGACCACGACGACUGCCGCCGCGCGCGAGGAGGGCCACAAAGAGCGCGUGUGGAAGCCGCGUCCGCUCACGUCCACGCUCUACGCAUUUCGCUCUGGUGUGCCGUCCACGGGCCUCCUCCACGCACCCCAGCGGCAGUACAACGGCAGCAGUGCAUCCAGCGAGAGAGUCCGCACGCGAGCCAGUCCGCCGGUGCGGCGCGCCGACGCCGACGUCAUUCAAGUUCCGCUGCAGUGCAUCCUGGACCCGGCCCUCAUCCUUCGGCUCAAUGUGACGGUGGUGUUGCGGCACAGCGCCGCGCCGGCGGAGGUGGUUCUCUUUUCCAGCCACACACCAUCCGGUCAAGGCAAUCUUCCCUGGGGUGCUCUGUGUGUCAAGGCUCGCAACGCGUGGGGGGUGCACGCGCCCCAGUUCCGCUACGUCGACCUCACCAACGGCGUCACGCAACUGCUCAUCAACCACGUCAACGACUACCGCGCAUGGUGGCAGCAGAUGCGGCUGACGAACUGUGAGCUCUUGGUCGUGGAGCAGGCACCGUCGGCGACGAGCGGCUCCGCAUUUGCAUCUGCGGAGGCGCAGACGGCGAUCGGUCGUUACUACGAGGAAGAGUGGCCGGUGGAGCGGUACUCCUCUUCGAAGAACGUGGUGGAGCUCGUGCGUGAGUUGAAGGCGCUUGAGCGGGAGGAGAGAAUGGCGGCUGUGCAGAGGCUUGGAAGAGCAGUAACGGCGCCGGCCAACGGCGAUCUCACCGCCUCCGCAAGGGCUGCGACGCCGCGACGACCCACCCAUACGUCAUGUGAGUCCCCAAAGAUCGACGCAGCGCCGGCACCCUCUAGCGAGACGGCAGCCGUGGCAUCGAUGGCAACGCUAGCGGAAUCGCGGACCCUCGACCCGUAUCGCCCACUGCUGCUUCAGAAGCCGCAGAAACCCUUAUCGAUGACAUCCACCCCGAGCCACGGCCGGUGUUGCUCCACGCCUUCCACGGUAUCAUCCACCGCCACCACACCCUCGCGCGUACCAUUGACGAUAGAAGAGAAGAUCGACGAGGAGAUGUGGUGCAGUUUGCUGGACGCCGAGCGCUACGCGCGGCUGAUGAAGCUCGUCUCACCGGAGCACCCUGACACUGUUGCCGUCUUCAGUGGUAGUGACCCGGAGCUCGAGGCGACCAGUGAGCGCGUGAGGAGAAGGUCUCCUGGCGAUGCAGAAGCGCCGCUGCGACGAUCCCGGCAGUGGAUUUUUGCAAGACUGACUUCGCCGGAGUCCAAGACAGUGACUGCGAAGGCCACGGCGGGCCACGCCGAUGGGCAGGUGCGCACGCCUUUCACUGCCGCUCGUAAGGAUGCCGCCGGGGCGGCUGCCACUGCAAACGGGGUCUCUCGCUUGAGCGUGGCGGCCAUGCCCGAGCCUAUGCUCGAUGCACAUGUGCGGGCGCGGUCGCACAACGCGUUGCUCUCCCAUCACUUUCGCACGCACUCGGCCUACCCGCUCAGCGCACGGGGGAUCGGGGCGACGCCGAUAUGGUAG